CUCAACUGAUGUUAUACGCCUAAGUGAUUCGAUUUUUUAAUUUAGAUUCGUGGUUUCUUGAUCAUCAUUACGUCUGACUUGGCUCACGACUCAAGGCAUAUGCUUAGAGACAACAGUGAGUCUAAAAUAGACACAAGUUUUUUUCAAGGAAGCCACUCUUUUCGGGUAAAAAAGCGCUUUGAAAUCAUUAACGUUUAUGUUAGCUAUUCUCAACCCCCGACUGUAGUCAAUUAGGCAUAUUGAACGACACUGAACUGGCUUUUAUUCAAGGCGGGUGGGAGGACAUUUUAGCGGGCUUCGAAGAUGGCUUUGGUUCGUCUUUGGAAGCUCUUAACUCGAGUCAAAGAGAUCGACAAUAAUGAUUCAGAUUCUCCUCUCAAACGCUGUUUAAAUGUGUACGAUUUGACAUUCUUGGGAGUUGGAGCAACAGUAGGAGCAGGUCUGUAUGUUGUGACGGGUCAAAUCGCUCGUGAUGUUGCAGGUCCUGGUGUUGUCCUCUCGUUCUUCAUCGCUGCUGUAGCGGCUUUCCUCUCGGGAAUAUGUUACGCCGAAUUUGGAUGUCGAAUCACCAAAGCUGGCUCCGCUUAUAUGUAUACUUACACGUCCCUUGGCGAAAUCUGGGCCUUCAUCAUCGGUUGGAACAUGAUAUUAGAGUAUGUCAUUGGUACGGCGUCUCUUGGUCGAGCUAGUAGCGAGUACAUCGAUUCGAUUUGUGGCGGUGCGUUGCAUAAAUUCUGGAUCAAACAUGUCGGAGAAUGGCAUGUAGAAGGCCUUGGAACUUACCCGGACUUCAUAGCCUUUUUUCUGGUAAUCUUCAUCUCACUGGUGGUCGGACUCGGCGCGAAACAUUCAGCUAUCUUCAACAAGGUCGUCACGGGAGUGAACAUGCUAGUCGUUGUGUUCGUGGUAGCAGUUGGGAUUUUCCAUGUCAACCCUAAGAAUUGGGUUGGGGAUAAUCAGUUCUUGCCGUACGGAGUGUCUGGGAUUCUAGCCGGAGCUGCUAGCUGUUUUUAUUGCUUUGUCGGCUUUGAUGUGAUAGCGACGGCAUCUGAAGAAACUCUGAAUCCCAAGAGAUCUAUACCUCUGUCCAUCAUGAUGAGCUUGAUCAUCAGCUUCUUGGCCUACUUCGGAGUGGCUACUGUUUUGACUCUGAUGGUCUCGUACAAGGACUUGGACAAGAUCGCACCUCUACCAGAAGCAUUCAAACGUGUUGGGCUACCAGGAGCGAAAUAUGUCAUCGCGAUUGGAGGGCUGUGCGCGCUGUUUGGUUCCCUCAUGAGCGGCAUCUUUGCUGUACCAAGAAUCAUGUACUCCAUGUCAACCGAUGGAUUGAUCUUUGGUUGGUUUGCGAAGGUGUACGCUCGUACGAACAUCCCUAUCAACUCCUUGAUGGCUGCUGGACUUUUAUCCGCGGUCCUAUCGCUAUGCCUUGACCUGAAACAACUCGUAGAGAUGCUUUCUAUAGGAACUCUCCUUGCAUAUUCCCUCGUUUCCACAUCCGUUCUUGUCCUUCGCUUUCAACCAGGAGUGGAAAGCGUUGCGUAUGACAAUGAAGAGGGCUCCAAAAAAUCAGGAUACAGCGUGAUCUGCUGUAGGCCUCACUUAGACGAACAACCAGCCAUUGAAUACAAACCGAUCGAGGCACAUGGAGAAGAAAAGGAAGAAGUUAAGCAUCAAGGGGAUCCCCCAGACAAGAGAAGCAGUCAGAUAGCGACCACGGCUGUUGUCUUAAUGAUCACUGCCAUGGUUGGUUUCGUAGCUCUUAUGAUCGGAGGCUGGUCGGCUAUUGGUAAUCACGAAGGAUGGUCCAUAUUCACCCUUAUCUUCACCAUACUACUCUUCGCCUUUGGCCUCGUUGUCAUGAUGAUGCAGCCUCGUAAUCAUGCAAUCUUCCCAUUCACCGUCCCCUGCAUUCCUAUCAUUCCUCUCGCUAGUAUUUUGAUUAAUCUGUUUCUGCUUCUGAAGCUCUCCAAAUGGACCUGGAUUCGAUUUGGUGUUUGGAUGACUCUAGGCUUUGCCAUUUAUAUCUUCUAUGGCAUACGCCACAGCGUGGAAGGGUUAUCGGGCGAGGAUGAUCCAGAUGCUGGGAGUACCCACGGGGAAUAUAUCGUCAAUGACAGCCCACCACCAACUCUCACCCAGAAAAUCAAACCAGUUCAACCAAAACAGAGCAAGACAGAAGAAAAAGCACCACUGAAAGACAGUUUCCAGGACACCCCGGCUGAAGAGAUUGCGAAGGAGGCUGGUAACGAAUAGAUGUCUAUAUAUUUUCAAUGGGAAAAAUUGAAUUUUCAAUGGGAAAAAAUGAAUUUUAAUUUGUAUAUUUUAGCCAUAAGAAAGGAAUAAUCGACCUUAAAAUUUAGCAGUUAUUUUGCGAUCUUAUUUCAUUUUUGUUCAAUGAUGGAUUUUCACCUCUGACAACCAUUUAGGAGGACAUAUAUAUGAUACGUAAAAUGCUUUCGUAUGAAAGUUUUCUCUUCUGAAGAAAAUAAUAAUGAUUCAGUUCUCCAAGAUGGCCCACUUAGAGGUUCAAUUUUGAGGUAUAUGAGUAUGAAUAAUAUAUAAAAGUAAAUAAAUGGGUAUAUAUACAUUUUGUUAAAUUAAGUCAUAAAUGUUAACUGGACAUUCGUGUCAGGCAAAGGAUCUGAAAUUGGGUCACCCUGUGGUAACCCUGUGGUCACUGGGCUACAGGGAUACAUACUGAAUACGAAAAUUUACAGAGCAACGUGCAAAAAUAUGACCACAUUUAAUGUAUUUACAUACUUCUAUGCACGCGCUUUUGUACGUUAAAUCAACUUAUUUCAAUGCGAAGCUGACUGUUCUUACCAAAUGAUAAUGCGUGUAAGAGCUUCUAUGCAAGCGCAAAGUCCUUGCAUAGAAGUAUGCUGUCAAUACUUUAUAUGUGGACAUGCUCGUGCGCAUUGCGCUGUAAAAUUCUUUUUGCCUUGACACUGCUAAAAUAAGAAGAUAUUAUUGGGUAGUAUAAGAUAAUGGGUUUUACUAAUGCACAACGUAAUGCUGAAAAAUCUCGGUUCGGAAAAACGAAAAAACGAGAAAAAGUAUUUAAAUUACGUGAAAAUAUAUUUUAAAGAAUAUAAAAUUGAGAAGCAAAGUAUUUUCUUCUCGACCGACCUAAAGGUAUAUAUUAUUUUUAUUUGGAGCAAAGUAUAAUACUAAAGAAACCGAAGAAACUUUAUUUAUUCCUAUCACAGUAUAUUUUUAUCUCUUGAGCUCACGAGGGUUUUGGUCUGCGUCAGUUCGCAUCUCGACGAAGAUCAGUGUUCGUAGGCUCAAGAAAGCUAGAGUAUGCGUGCGCACACCGUCAUUUUUCGUGGCCGCCAUGUUGGAUGAUUUUGGCAAAAGAUUUGUAAUUCGUUUAUUUUGUUAUAUCAUCCAACAUGGCCGCCAUUCCUUUUAUAUUUAUUCUGUUGGGAACCAGUAAUAUUUGUUCUUGUGCUACGUACGUUAUUACUGCACCCUAGCGCCUUUAAAUUCAAUGACUAGUUUCAGACAGGGUCUUUAUUUAUUUGCAUAGAAAACAAGCCGAAAAAAUCUCUCAACCGUUUGGUCUGUUCCAUUUUCAUUUCAAAUUAAAUUAUAAUUUUUAAUAACUAAUCAAUAAUUACUCAAUAAUUCGACCGCAUUCAUGCACAAUUCAAAUUAUUUUUAGUUUCGAUUCUAGAAUUGUAUAUAAGAAGUAGCAAAGUGAUCAUAACCAAAUCAUGGAACAAAAUCAUCCUUUUCAAGUUGUAAACGCUUUUUGAUUCGUAUUCGAUUCUGUACCUGAAGUUGACUGGUUGCAGUAAUAAAGUUUAAUUGACUAAUUCAUUUGAGACAUAAUUUAUGGCUUUCAUAGAUUCGUCAAGUCAAAAAUAUUAAAUACUUUAUUUUUGUUAAACUAAUUCUAUAUCCAUGUUGCUAGAGUACAAACACUAUAAGUGUGGAACAUAAAUACCACUAAAUACUGCUAAAUUAUGCCAAUCAUAUUGUUUUCUAUUGUUUAAUUAGCACUAUUUACUACUAAAUAGUGCAAAGUGUUGCACAUUGUUAGUGUUUGUACUGUACUAAACGAGGUACGCAUAGCGCACUGAUUUAUUACGCACUAGAGAGGAAACAUUCUUCUUAAAUACACACCUACAUUGGCGCGUAAUGAAAGUGUUGUCACUCUCUUUUGAAGGAACAAAGGCUAAUGGAACACUGUCAUAAUUCCCUACAAAAUCAUUUCGUAGGGACAAUACAAUCUUUGUCAUUAUUUCUUAAAAUCGUGUUGCAUGUAAAAUCCGCAAUGUGGCAAUGCUAGUGACUUUACAUGCUUAGUUUGGUAUGAGAAAGCAUAAUGCGCAUGAUCGGAAACCCGAUUACGAACAGCCUUAUAGCAUUGAGAAUCUACGCCUUUCGGAAAACAAAUUGAGUUUAUAAGCCUUGAUAAUGAAUGCGUCCGCCAUUUUGUCGUCUAGUUUCCUAACAUGCGCAAUAUGUUUGUCGUUCUUUCAUGAAUCUGCUACCUUGGACAUCUUUACAAACAUUUUGGAUCUUGGUUAAAAUUAUUAUAGAGUAUUGUAAAUUUGGAGGGAACUUAAAUGUUGGGUCACAGAAACGCGCGAAGUGUAACAUAAAAUCUCGAGUGGUUUUCGUACGAGUGGGAAACGAUACGGCAAGUUUGUAGCCGUACUGUUGUCGUACCGUAUUCGUACUAUAGUCGUACCGUAUUCGUAACCAUGUCUUACCAAAGCCGUCAUUACAUUUUGUGAUAGGAAGUACUGGAAAACGAUGGGAAGCCAUUUCAAUGUUACGGCAUAUCCACCUUGUACGUGCUGUAACUCAGUUAUAUAUUUUCCUAUCUCAUACGAAAACCUCUCUAAGAAUUAGAGCGAGCGAGUGUGUGUAGAUUGUAAUUUGUGCAAUGGACUACUUUCGACGAUACGGCGGCGACAUUGCCAGGGGGCAAAAGAAAACGAAGAUGACAGAAAAUAUAUAGUUUCGUGAAUGUCUUUCUUUUCGGGUAAAGUAAUCGAUGUGCCGUCUUAAUUCAUCUUUUGUUGUAUUCUCUUUUGGUGAGCCGUUAAUAUCAAUCGACGUCAUUUCUUUAACAAAGCUUUAUUUGAUCCCUGGACGGCCCAUAAUGCCUUGCGAUUCAAGAUGGCCGCCGUAUCGUCGAGGUAGUCCAUUAGUCACUCUGAAUAGUUUUCAAAACUAUGAUUAUUAUUAUAAUUUGGUUAUCGAGUUGAUCUCAAGGGAUACUAGAAAAAAAUAAUUAAAUGGGAUAAAUACAUGCGUCCAGGGAGUACUAGAUACUCCCUGAAUUAAUAAGAUUGAGGUUGUAAAAAUGAUAAUAAAGGGUUGCAAAAUGAAA